UAGAGACAGAAAAAGUAAUGAGAAAACGAGAGACAGACACAGGGAAAGCAAACGGAGUGAGAGAGAGAGAGAGAUUUGGGAUUUAGAUUGUGCAGCAGCGGGAGAGAGAAAGGGGAGGAGAAAAGUUGAACACGGACAAUCUUGCAGUAACUUUUCUUCUUUCCUUUCUCCGUGGAAGAAGCCCCAAGAAAAAAAGAGGAAAAAAAGGAGAGAAAAAGCGCACUGGAUUUACAUUUGAUUACAUUUGCAUCGCCCCCGCAAGAUUUCCAAUCUGGUCCUUGGAUACAUACAUGCAUUUAUUUAUGGAUUAAUGUGGUCACAAAUUUGUGGAUUUAUCAGAAGUUGAAGCUGGUGGCUGAGGUGAGGUGAGCUGUUUACGGAGGAGUGAAACCAUGUGGCUUCUCAGCUCCUGUCUGACGUUGCUGGCCCUCAGCUUCGGAUCAUGUGACACAUUGACGUCAGAGCAAGAUGUACAGUGCCCGUCCUUACAAGGAGAAGAGAGGAAGUUUCCUGAGACGGCCAGGCACAAUAUCACUGGUUUUAAUCUGGUGAGGCGAUUCUCCCUGCUCAAGAGUCCAGAUGUCAAGAAGAUCCGCAACCCUCGAGGAUCCAUCAUCCUCCGCCUGGGCAAGACAGCACUCCUACGCCCCACUGAUCAGGUGUUCCCAUUUGGCCUACCUGAGGAGUUCACCUUGAUCUUCACCUUGGCUUUAAAGAAGGCUGCCCUGAGGGACACCAUCUACCUCUUCCAGAUAUCUGAUCAGCAGGGAUACCCACAGCUCUCUGUAGACCUGAGUGGGCCAGAUGGCACCCUGUCCCUGCGGGCCAAAGGGGCAGACCCUGAUGCAGACCUGGUGACCUGUGUUUUCACGGGGGAGGGGGUAGAGGCCUUGAUGGACCUGCGCUGGCACAAGGUGGCCAUCAGUGUGCAGCAAGAGGCAGCCUCCCUACAUGUGGACUGCAGCUCCAUUGAGACCAAGCCCCUGGAGCCCCGUGGAGUUCUGCCCACUGACGGACACACUCUGCUGGGCAUUCGGGCCUCUGAUGCUGGGCCUGUGCAGAUGGACAUUCAGCAGGCGGUGCUGUAUUGUGACCCAUCCCUCGCCAUUCAGGAGGCCUGCUGUGAGAUAUCUGGGGCAGGGUGCCCUCCUGAUGCUCCCAAGAGCCGUCGCGCUGCUGAGAAUGACCUGUUGGAAAACACAUUUAAUCAGGGGAUUUUUGCAUCUAAGGAUGUGGCGGAGAAAUGUGCUGGUUGUUUAUUCCUGAGUAGGGAAGAAAAUGUAGUAAACCCUCUUGGGCUGAAAGGGGAAAAAGGUGACCGGGGUGAUGACUGUUCUGGCACCCAUUCAGGUCCAUGCACAGAGGGACCCAAGGGGCAGAAGGGAGAGAAAGGCGAGCUGGCGACGCCCGGCAACUGGGGCGAAGCAGCUGGGUACAAGGGAGAAAAAGGUCAGAAGGGAGAGGUCGGUCCACAGGGUCUCACAGGCACUCCAGGGAAGGACGGUCGAGCAGGGUCCAUCUGUGUAGUUGGCCCCAAGGGACAGAAGGGUACCCCAGGUAUGGUGGGUCCUGAAGGGUUGGCUGGGGAGCCUGGGAAGCCAGGACCUCCAGGCCCGGCAGGAGCUGUAAAGCCCGGCCCACCAGGCCCUCCAGGUCCACCGGGUGGUGCAAAAGGAGACAAGGGAGACAUAGGACCUCCAGGAGAAGAUGGAUUGCCAGGAGAUCCAGGACCAAGAGGACCAGCAGGGUCUAAAGGAGAGAAGGGAGACCCGUGUGAAGUGUGCCCUGUGCUGCCUGCAGACAUGGGCAACACAGUCGCUCUGCAAGGGAAGCCUGGCCCUAAAGGAGAGCCUGGAUUACCCGGGACAGGAGAGAGAGGACUGCCUGGGUCUCAAGGUGCAGAUGGCAAGCCGGGACAGAAGGGAGAACCAGGAUCAGGUGGCGCCAAAGGAGAAAAGGGAGAGCCAUGUUCUGUGUGCCCCACUCUUGGAGAGUUACCCCCUAACCUCAUACCCGGUGUGACCCAAACCUUGCAGUUGAAGGGAGAGAAGGGAGAGCCGGGGAUUGGACUGAAAGGAGAGCAAGGGGAGCCAGGAAAGGAAGGAUCACCUGGCCUCAAAGGAGAGAAUGGUAUUGCAGGCAGCAAAGGAGCUGAUGGUAAGCCGGGAAAACCUGGACCACGGGGACCCAGUGGCAAGGAUGGACAGAAAGGCGCAAAGGGACAGCAAGGCCUGCCCGGUCUUGGUCCUCCCGGUCCAAAGGGUGCGAAGGGCGAGUGUGGUCUGUGCCAGCCAUCCGAGGUAGGAAGUGGACCCUCCGGUAUCAAAAUGCUUGAGGGAACAAGAGGCAAGCCAGGCGAACAGGGCCCUCCUGGGCCACCUGGACCUCCAGGUCUCGGAGCUGAUGGCAAACAGGGCCCGCCAGGUCUUGCUGGUACAAAAGGAGAAAAGGGUGAACAAGGACUCCAAGGAGAUAAUGGGCUGGAUGGAGCUCCUGGAGCCCCAGGACUGCCUGGAGAGCCUGGUCGGGAUGGACUAAUGGGCUUGAAGGGAGAGAAGGGUGAUGCCUGUACCAGCUGUCCUUCUCUGGGCACUACAGUGGGUGAUGGUGUAGCUGUUCCAGGCCUCAAAGGAGAGAGAGGAGACCCUGGUCCCCCAGGAGAAGGGAAGCCUGGCAAAAAUGGAAAACCAGGCUUACCAGGUGUGCAGGGGCCUGCUGGUCCCAAAGGAAGCAAGGGAGAUGCUGGAGUUGCAGGAGUUGGCCUUCCAGGACCUCAAGGUGAAGAGGGACCAAGAGGGCUGCCAGGACUUGCUGGACCUCCUGGAGCCAGAGGAUCGCCUGGCCCUAUUGGCCCUGCAGGAGAAAAGGGCUCAAGAGGAGGUGUCGGGCUUCCAGGGCCACAGGGGCCAAUGGGCAUUGGAGUAGCAGGGCCCCCAGGUAAAGAUGGAGCCCCUGGCUCUAAAGGACUACCAGGAGCUGAUGGCAGACCUGGACUUGACGGAGCUAAGGGGGACAAGGGUGAACCUGGAGAGUGCAACUGCAUAAUGCCAGUGCACCCGAACAUAGGCGGGCCUGGAGCUCCAGGAACUCCAGGAACUCCAAUGAACAUGUGGCAGCCCGGGCCUCAGGGCCCACCAGGACCUCCUGGCCCCCCUGGCCCACCUGGGCCUCAGGGUGUUACUGGAAUCCAAGGGCCUCAGGGCAUCCCCGGAAACGACGGGCUACCGGGGAAACCGGGUUUGCCUGGAUACAGCUACCCCACUGGACCACAACAGCUGCCUCAAGACUCUACUGGUGGAGACGCUGAUGAAGACUGUGAUGGGGGCUGUUCCCAAGGGUUGCCAGGGGUGCCAGGCCUGGCUGGUGCCAAGGGUGAAAAAGGAGAUCAGGGCAAGCCUGGGGUAAACCUCCAGGACAGCUGUGACAGGUGUUUGGAGAGACUGCAGAGGGAGCAGGCGACGGAGGCAGUGGGUGACCGAUCCUGCACAGGAGCACCUGGAACUCCAGGAAUGCCUGGAUUACCAGGAAUCAAAGGAGAGCCAGGUACACCAGGAGAGAGAGGCCAAGCUGGAAUACCAGGAAACAUGGGACCUCCUGGUUUCCCAGGUCCUCAGGGCCCAUCUGGUUUACCUGGUCAGCAGGGUGAGCGAGGGUUGCCCGGCCUCUCAGGAUUGAAGGGCGAGCAGGGCCCUCCGGGGACACCAGGCUACCCAGGAACCAUGGGACCGCCUGGACUGCCUGGACUGAAGGGUGAGCGUGGGAGUCCAGGAAGCAGUGGUCAGAAAGGAGAAUCAGGUCCUCCUGGUAACCCUGGGUAUCAAGGACAGGCUGGCUCACCGGGCAUCAAAGGAGACACAGGACCUGCAGGGGCUGCUGGUCCCAAAGGGGAACAGGGUUUCCAAGGACAACCAGGCUUCCCAGGACCACCCGGUCCAACUGGUCCUCCUGGCAAAACUGGAAGGGAAGGGCUCCCUGGGCUGAAAGGUGAAAAAGGCAAUGAUGGUGCUCAAGGGCCUCAGGGACCAACUGGACCCCCAGGCUCACCAGGCUCCCCAGGGUUGAUGGGCCCCCCUGGCAUUGAGGGAAUUGAUGGGAAAGAUGGUAAACCAGGACUGCGGGGAGAACCAGGCCCUCCAGGCCCUGCAGGACUAAGAGGAAUUCCAGGAUUCAAAGGGAAAACUGGCCAUGUUGGCUUCCCUGGACAGAAGGGUGAUGCUGGACCCACAGGUCCACCUGGACCACCAGGCAGACCGGGACAUGAGGGUGAUCCCGGUACCCCCGGAGCUCUGGGACGACCUGGACCCCCAGGCCACGUUGGUUCUACAGGUCCAGCUGGACCUCCAGGACCUCCUGGUCCAUCAGGAGUGGGUAUAAAGGGAGAUAAGGGUCAGGUUGGUGAGAGGGGUCUCCCAGGGAUGGUAGGAGCGCCAGGACCACCUGGGCACCCAGGGGCCAUGGGAGAGCCAGGCAGUGAUGGCGCGCCUGGUAAAGAUGGAACGGCAGGCUUACCAGGGGACGGCGGGCAGCCAGGUCAAAAGGGUGAGCCAGGGGCUCCAGGACAGAGGGGUCCUCCAGGGGAGCGAGGCAGACCUGGGCCUCCUGGCGGUGGGGCUUAUCAGUCCAAGGAUGCACAACCCAUGAUUGGCCCAGUCGGACCCAGAGGGGAGAGGGGAAGCCCGGGCUCAGCAGGGCCCCCCGGACUUCCUGGACCUCCAGGGUCCCCAGGAAAUGAUGCUGUAGUCAAUUAUGAUGAUAUCAAAAACUUCAUCCGCCAGCAGGUCAUCAAGAUCUUUGAUGAGAGAAUGGCCUACUACAUGUCACGCAUGCAGAUGCCGGUAGAGAUGGUGGCAUCCCCAGGUCGACCUGGGCCCCCAGGGAAAGACGGUGCUCCAGGUAAUCCUGGGUUGCCGGGUGCACCUGGCCUCCCAGGACAGAUUGGCAGACAAGGCCGACCAGGAUCCCAAGGACCCCCAGGACCACGAGGACCACAUGGAGAAAAAGGAGAGAAGGGUGUCGGAGAAAUGGGAGAUGUAGGACCUCCAGGAGCACCAGGUGUCCCAGGGCCUCCUGGAUAUGGUAAGAUGGGACCUCCAGGUCCUGUUGGCCAGCAGGGCGUUCCUGGGAUCCCAGGACCUCCUGGACAGCCUGGUACAAAGGGAAAUGAUGGCAGGUGUAAUCCUGGGGACUGUAUGAGCCAUCAAGUAGAUUACAGCCCCAAGGGCCCACCUGUCAAGGGCCCCUGGUAGAGGGCUAGAGGUGAUGGAGGGGGGUGGGGGGGACUGAAGCGAAGAGACUACGUGAAAGCCAAAGACCAUGACCAAAAGUUAUUGAAUUUGAUCAAAUAAGGAAGUGGCCAUUGUUGUUGAGUUGUAUAGAUUUACCCACACAGAUUUUUACUGUAGCUCUGAGCAAAAAUCCACAGUUUCUCUCAAAGGGCCCCACUGGAACUGGGGUCUGCAAAGACACACCAGCAGCACGUUUUUAUUGCAUCUUUUUUUUUUUUUUUUUUUUUUUUGGUUCUCUAUGAAUGCCAAUUCCUUGCUAUAUUACUGCCUCCUGUUUUCUCACUGUGUUUCACUCCUUUUGUACAUUUUCAAACAACCCAGGGGAGGUGACAAGAAUCAGAAUCUGUAUUUUCUUCUUUUUGAUUAAUUCUGGCCUCUUUUGUUUUUCCUUUUUUUUUCAUUUGCUAAAUCAGUAGAAGAGAAUACAUACAAUUAUUGUCGCACUUUGCUUCCACCUCUCAUAUCUUUGUUCCUUUGUCAUCGAAUCCCAUUCAGAGUGCAUCCCAUGCAUUUCUAAUAUUCUGUCUCAGUGCCUGAGGUGUGAUACAUAUUUGAAUUUGACUUGUAAGAGAAUAUCCCUAGAAAUGUAUCUCAGUUCUAUAGAAAUGGAAGUCAAAAACUUGCAUUCAUACCCUCUUUGAUGGAUUGACUGUUUUGUAUAUAUUUAUAUUUAUAUAUAUAGUGGCUUUUGAUACUUUUCAAAGGAUUUGAUAAAAGGCAUACGCAUGGCUAGCCACUUAUUUUUCAUAGUCAAUGGUUAUAUGGUAACAAAAAAAAUGCCAAAGGGAUAUUUUUCUAAGGUCUUUAAGCUUUCAAAAUGGAAUAAAGUGUUCAGUAAAAGACAAAUUAUUUAUGGAGGAAAAUUGCGUUUACAUAAGAAAGCAUAUUGGCUUUUGUAAUUAUUUUUGCUAAAGUUCAUUUUGUGUCAUUUUAACUCCAGCCUUUUUUGGAGGUGCAGCCAGUUUAAAGCAUCUCAUCUCAUUUUAUAUUCCAAAGUAGCUGUAAUAGCCGUCUGUCUGCUUCACAAGGCACUUGUUUAAGAAAAUAUGAGCAAUAAUUGAGCCCAUUCACUACAGGUACUGUAAUGCAAGUGCAGCCACCAAGCCCCAAAAAUCACAGGCAAGGAGAAAGAAAAUGUUUGGAGAAGCAUCACAAAUGGCUUUUGUAGUGUUGUAUUUUGGGUUCGCUAUCUGUUAUUUUUGUCACUUUUAUAUCUGGAGGUCUCUGGAGUUUUAAAUCAUCACCAUCUCUCACCAUCUCCAUGGUUUAAUUGGCACUUUAAACUAUGAGCCGUGGUCAGACUUUUGUUUCUCACAAGCUAACCCAUGGGAAAUAUUAAGCCUAAAAUUGAAUUAAAUUGCCUUUUAAAGAGGCCAUCAUGUGGUUAUCAUUGUCAACCUGUGUUCUAACAAACACCAUUCAAACGCUGUUGUUCAUCCAUGGAUGGAUUAUGAGACAAUGGGCCCCUGGGCACAGACAUGUAAAAUACCCCCCACCUCUCCUACAAAGGAGCACAUCCAGAAGUUGUAUGCUUCUUUGUAGUUGUUUUUGUCUCUUUGUAGUUGUUUUAUAUAUUUUAUGGCCAUUUUGUUUCUUUAUGGUUGUUUGAUUAACUUUCUAACAAGAAAUGUUAACUGUCACUUCAAACAGAGGCUCUGGCCCAAGGACCCACUGAGCUCUUCUGCCCUAAAGGGCCGUUCAGCAAUCCAUCACACAGAUGGAUUGCUGAACGGCCCUCAUCAACUCUACCUGUGCAUAUGUUCCUUUACUGUCAUUGUUGGAAAACUCGUGUGCCUUACUUAUGUUGUUUUAUGAAACAUUUGAGAAAAAAAAAUACAUUUUGAAAGCA